GUUAAAUAUACACACGUUGAAUGUGUCACGAGUUUAACCACCGAAAGAACGAGCAAAGGCACGAUAGAUACAUGCGCGAAAAAUGGGUGCCAAACCCGGUUGUAUUCCGCCGAAGGCUUAAAGCUGUGUGAGUACGUGCAGAAUUCGAAUAUCAGUUCUCGAAGAAUUGUUCUAAAAAUACGAGAUACAACAACUACACGUAUUCGUGUCGAGAUUUGCGUUGGUCCAGCAUUUCUCCCUCCCUUUCUCUCUCUCUCUCUCCCUCCCCAAAAGCCAUGUGUAUACAUGCACAUGCCCCCGCAGAAUAUUUGGCAAAUUGCCGAUGUUAUUCCCUCCUCGCGAUUCACGGACGUUCUUGUACCUCCCUCGCCUUCUCCCUCUCACUCUCUCUCUCGCGUUUCAUUUCCAUCUGUGACCCAUUAUCCCUAUUCACGAUGAUCGUCCAGCUCCUCGGCAGCUGAGAUUUACCAUGCAAACAACACAGUUCUCUUCAGUAUUAAUCGAACCACCGAAUAUACCGGACGUAGUCGAAUACCGCUGCUGAUUUUCGUCGCAACCACACCUACAAUUGCACUUUGAUCUACGUUGAGGAUAAAAAGUUUUUAAGAAGAAGUAAUACAAGAAGGACUGAUCCAAAGAAACCAAAACCACUACAAGAUGAGAAAUUAAACAAAAUUAGCGAAUUUCUUUUUUCAAAUAUACGAGUAAAUAUAUAGUAGAAUCAGAGAAUUACGUGAAUACCAACUUUCCAAGUGCCCCGUUUUCUUCCAUUCUCUCUGAUUGAUUGCUUCAAAACUGCAGAAACUGUGAUAUCAAUGUAUUAAAGUGUAAAUCACGCACGAGAUAAGCUUUAUUUGUUAUUACACAAAUUAACAGUGCGGUCAUUCGGUUCGGUUACAUAAAAGAAAUCGUAAUAUAUACUUGAUAAUUGUUUUUCUGUCGAGACGAUAUCCGCCGCCUGCCAAUAAACACAUUCAAACAAUUCAGGAAGUCUAUCGAGACAGUCAAGCACAGCGAUGGGAAUGAUAACGAGAGUUCGGGGCCGGGUAAGAGCGAAUUCGUUGACCGUCGACAAGGAGAGAACGGCCCAGAGCGUUUGUCUCUUGAGCGCCAUUUUGCUGCUGCCCUACUGUCCCCGAGGACCGUUGCCCCUGCUGCCAGCCCCGGCACCAGCCCUCUACUCCGCCCUGGUGCUUCCGGUUGUUCUCAGCGCGAAUUACCGGUACCCGGUAUCGGCCCUGAAGACGAUCGUCGAAGCCACGAAAGGUGGCGUCAAGAAGGCAUGGAAGCCGCUGAGCAGCAUGCUGUUGCGAAUUUACGCGCCAGUCGAUAGGGUCGAAAAUAUGUUUGCCAAGAUGCGGAACAUAUCGAUAAUGCUCAAUCAGAUAGUCUUCCUGACUCUGGCUGACAAGAUCCUUGUACCCAAGGAGCGGAUGACCUGUCUCUACACCCUGAUGUUCUACAACGUGAUAGCCUACUGCGUCAGCUAUAUAAAGGAGCUCGUCGAGAAGGAAGACUGGUCACCAUAUGUGACGUUGACGGAACGAUCACAAAUCAAGCACCUAGCCAUGUCGGCGACAAAGAUCGUGCUCGAGUGGACCAAGGCUGUCACCUUCCUCGUCACCCUGACAUUCGUGCUCCUUGUUUUCGGACUGGAACAGGGUUUGCAGCACUACAAACCCUCGACGACGUACACGGUGAUAACGUGGGCAUAUUACGCGGCGACGGAGAAGGUCUUCGUCGACAUGUUUCCUGGGAUCCUGAGCGCCCUGCAGCUCGACGCACUAGAUAAUAUAGAGAAUUUGUACGCUCCGGUCAUUCUGCGCGGCUUCACUGUCGGCGUCUCUGCACUGUUCACUCUCAUACUGCUGCCCAGCGCCUCGUGGAAGUUUCUCCUCUUCGCUGCUUAUCUCAACGUUUUUCUCAGAUCCAAGGAGCUGCUGCGAGAUUCCAUUGCUGUUCUCAGACAUGAGAGAGAGGUUUUAAGCCGGUAUAGAAAGGCCACUAACGAAGAGAUCGAGAGGUUCGAUGACGUUUGCGCCGUCUGCCUCUGCGGCAUGGUCAAAGCUCGCGUUACUCCUUGCCAUCAUAUAUUUCAUGCCGAUUGUUUGAGGCAGUGCUUAAAGAGCAGCGACAAAUGUCCGAUGUGCAAGAGGGAAUUGAAAUUCGACUGAAACACUAGAUCGACGCUAUUUACUUUUUGACGAUAAUUCGUCUGGUCAUUAAACAAGACGAGUUGCAAAGGCAUUUUUCUCAAUAGCAGUUAUCGAACGUGAGAAAAGAUUUAAAAAAUGAAGAAAAGUAAUUCGUUACAUGUUGCUUUGAGGGAAAAAUUUUAGUCCUAGGCAAAAUGGCAAAACGAAACUGAUAAGAGCAGAAAAAAAAUGCUGAGCAGAGUUUAUUUCGUAUUGUAUAGUUUUUUCACUGUUUCGAGUUAUAAAAUUAGACUAGUUUGAAAGUAUGAGGAUUGUAUGCUUGAAAUUAUCGCGCGAAUGAUUCAAUAAUUGAUGUUAGUGGUCGAUUGGUCUAGAUAUAGAAUUUUUAGCUACUAUAAAAUUUCAAGCACACGCACACGCACUCAUACUUGUAUUCCUUUAGAUUAAUUUCGCUGUGAUAAGCACUGAGUCAUAUAUGUACCCUUUUCUGUACUUUCUUUCUUUCUCUUUCUUAGCUGCAAAGCUUCGCAAGAUAAACUUUGACGUUCUUCUGUUGUUAGCACUUAAUAGGAAGUACGUUUAUUGUAUCCUACGAAUGAUACCAACCAUGUAAACUUUGUGUUUAAAAUUAGGUCUGUAUUGCCGAAUCGAUUUGAAGAAAUGGGGAUAUACUUCUUUCCAAACGUGACUCAAACAUUGCUCGAUACCGUAAAUGGUCUUUUUUAAUUUCAAAUUUCUUCUACGAUAUGUCGAGAAUAUGCUUUAUUGAUUGUCGCAAAAUUUUAUCAUCAUUACUUAGAAAAAAAAAAAAAAAAAAAAAAAAUUGAAAAAAAAAACACCUAAUCGUACGUAAAUAAUUUUAAGCUAGAACACUGUUUUAUACCAGAAUAAUAAAGUUACGCCAAUUUAACA